UAGAAACCAUAGAAACAUUUCUAGAAGUUUGAUCCAUAUUACAUUGUAUGUAUUGUAGUGGCAUAUUAGAAAAUAUGAAAGCAAGCAGAAUGUCAGAGCUGGACGAAGAAUUUAAUAAUUUCAUGUAUAAAGUAACGGAAGUAAAUGAAAUUGUUAAGAAACUUAAUUCCAAGGACGAAACAGUGGCACAAAUUGGCACCAUCGAAGCGGAGAAAUAUUUGAAUGGUAAUGCCGAAGCAGCACUAGAGAAAAUUGACGAUGAUGAUAUAGUGCUGAGAGUUACAUCAAAAAAAGCAAUGAUAAAUCCAAAAGCUUUGUUACCGGAAAAAGAUGAGAAUACAAUGUCACAAGAAUCAUUUAUGACAGAGGUCUCGAAAGAUGCUGAUAUGAGGUAUAAAAACCGUUUAUUGCGGAAAGAACGGAUGGAAACUUUCAAAAAACAAGCAACUCUAGCAUUUCGUAGAGGAGAUUACGAAAGAGCAUUAUGCUGUUACAACAAAGCGAUUGAGCAAAUUAAAGAUAGUCCACUGUUAUACAACAACCGUUGUUUGACAUUCUUGAAAUUGAAACUUUACGAUAAGGCGAUAAGUGACGCUGAAACUGCAUUACGUUUAAACGAGAAUUGCCUGAAAUCUUAUUUAUUCAUUGCAAAAGCGAACUAUUUAAGUGACAACUUGAAAGAAUUUAGUAACGCAAUCGAGAAAGCAAAAUGCAUUCAUCCAAAUAUGGUAAAGUUUAUCGAAGAAUUUGUCGUAGAUUUGAAACGCGAACAUAAUGACAUUUCGAUGGUUUAAAAUAAACAGCAAAAAAUAUACUUUUAUUAACCGUCAACAAGUUUUUUUUGUACAUACUGCUUUAUAUCACAGAAUUAUGAAACAUUAUGAAAUUUGAAGUUACAAUAUAU